AUGUGUACAUCUACUCGCUUUCCUGAAACUAUUCCGCUCAAAAAUAUCAAAACACCUACUAUCGUCAAAGUUUUAAUCAAAUUUUUUCACGUUAGUAGGGCUUCCCAAGUCUAUACAGUCGACCAGGGAUCAAGCUUCAUGUCAGGUUUAUUUCAGCAAGUCGUGUUCCAGUUAGGGAUUGCUCAGUUCAGAUCAAGUGCUUACCAUCCAGAAUCUCAAGGUGCCUUAGAACGUUUUCAUCAAACAUUUAAGAACAUGAUUAGAACUUUUUGUCUUCAAUUUGACAGAGACUGGGAUGAUGGAGUUCAUUUUCUACUUUUUGCGGUCCGAGAGGCUGUUCAAGAAUCCUUUGGAUUUAGUCCAUUUGAAUUGGCAUUUGGUCAUGCUCGUACUAAUGAAUUUGAGAGUAAACCAGUUGCCACUUUAGGCAUGGUUAAAUUUGAGAACAAUCAUGACAAACCAGAUGUAAUUGAACCAACUUUUAGUUGUAAACCUAUGGAAGAGACAGCUUGA